AUUAUUAUUAUUAUUAUUAUUAUUAUUAUUAUUAUUAUUAUUACUACUACUACUACUACUACAACGACUACGGCGACGACAGCUAUAACUACUAAUACUAGACUACUACUAUUAUUCUUGUUAAAACUGGGUAAAUACAUACAGGACUGUAGUGGAAAUAGUCAGGGUUUAGUUGCAUCCCUUGAGAUGGAAACUGCAUGUCUAUCACCCCACCGACUGUCCCGUCACGGGGCUGACUUAACCCAGGGCUCUGCGGGAAAGUCUUGGGGAGACCAUGCGUCUCUGCCGGUACCUGCUGAUCACACGGUGACAGACACGCCGACAGCCGGCGAAGGCAGAAGGGGAUCGGGGGUGAAGAAACACCUCCACAAACAUAACCUGAAACACCGCUACGAGCUGCUGGAGACUCUGGGAAGGGGAACAUAUGGCAAAGUGAAGAAGGCCAUCGAAAGACACUCCGGGAGAGAGGUGGCUAUCAAGUCCAUCCGGAAGGAGAAGAUCAAAGACGAGCAGGACAUGGUGCACAUCCGCAGAGAGAUCGAGAUCAUGUCGUCCCUUCGCCAUCCCCACAUCAUCUCCAUCUACGAAGUGUUCGAGAACAAGGACAAGAUCGUGAUCGUCAUGGAGUACGCCAGCAAGGGCGAGCUCUACGAUUACAUCAGCGAGCGGCGCAGGCUGACCGAGAGGGAGACGCGACACUUCUUCCGACAGAUCGUCUCGGCCGUGCACCACUGCCACAAGAAUGGCAUCGUGCACAGGGAUUUGAAACUGGAAAAUGUGCUACUGGAUGAAAACUGUAAUAUUAAGAUCGCAGAUUUCGGACUUUCCAACCUUUACCACAAAGACAAACUCCUGCAGACUUUCUGUGGAAGCCCACUCUAUGCCUCGCCAGAGAUUGUGAACGGGAGGCCAUACCGUGGCCCAGAGGUAGAUAGCUGGGCACUGGGUGUGCUGCUCUACACUCUAGUCUAUGGGACCAUGCCGUUUGAUGGUGGAGAUCACAAAAACCUCAUCCGCCAAAUCAGUAAUGGCGAAUAUCGAGAGCCCACCCAGUCAUCAGAUGCACGUGGUUUGAUCCGCUGGAUGCUGAUGGUGAACCCCGAGAGGCGCGCCACGGUGGAGGACAUCGCCAACCACUGGUGGGUGAACUGGGGCUGGAAGAACAGUGUGUGUGACUGCGAGGCCCAGCGUGACACGGGCUCCCCCAUGCUGGCCCGGUUCAUCGACUGGCAGAACCGCACAGAGUCCAAGUCUGUCAAAGUGACGCGCCCCGAUCCUCCCCCUUUCACCCGGCAGAGAUCCAGGAAGUCCAAGAAGGAGAACAGUGUGGGGGCAUCCCAUGUUGGGGUGGAGGAGAAGGCGGGGCUGAAAAGACCCAAGGGGAUCCUAAAGACAAGGCCUGCUGGAGACCAGCGCUCCCACAGCCUAGGCGAGCUGGAGCUGGCUGCGACACUGCACAUCCAAGAGCCAGACUCAGGGUCAAGCCCCGAACACGAGGAAGAGGAACCUUCCCUGGCAGGGGGCUCGCCUCCCAAAAUGAUGCCCCUGCUCCCCAAGAAGGGCAUCCUGAAGAACAGCCAGCAGCGAGAAUCAGGGUACUACUCCUCCCCAGAGCGUAGUGAGUCCACCGAGUUGCUAGGGGGCGCCACGCUUCUCUCACGAUCCAGCUCGCCACCGAAGAGAGCGGCUGGCCGGAAAGGCAUCUUAAAACGCAACGGGAAGUACUCCAACUACAGCGCCCAGUCAACUAUGAGCUCCCCAAUGGAGCCCACCUCCAGGGACUUGGGUCUCUCUCGCAGUCAGAGCCGACCCUCUAGCAUAGUGGGCGAUGACAGCGGCCUCGCCAGCACCUCUUUCAGCGGGGCGGACUGGCCACCCACCGCCCCCCGGCCUGACAUCAGGGGCUGCGUCUCAGCAGAGGAUUUGCUCCAGCUUGCCAAUUUCAGAGGGCUCCAGGCUGCUCCACCACUCCAUGGGGGCAAGAUUAGCCGAGGGCGACGCGGCUCCCCGGGGGACAAUGGCAGCUUCUCCCUGCUGGGCGACCUGGACGAUAUGACUCAGGUGUACCAGCAGGCGCUGGAUAUCAGUAGCAACCUGACUUAGGGGCUGAGGAGGGGAGUGGCGGGGUUGAGAGGUGUGUGAGAGUGUGUGUGCGCUUGUUACUGACGACCAGUAUAUUUCUGGGAUGCACCAUGUAGGGGGAUACGCUCACCUGUCUGUUAGAGAGGGAUAUGCAAGAAACAUCCACAACAGGCCCCCCAACACACACACACAUACACGCACAUACAGACACACCCACAUGCGCGCACACACACACACACACAUCGGUCUGCCAUGUGGAUGCUAUAUUCUGGGGCUUGAAACAGGAGGAGUGUGGAGCCCAACCCUGCCAGCAGCCCAGAGGCAUUUGUCCUGUUCAAAUGUUUACAUGCUCAGCAGAAGGCAAAUCAGCAUUUACACCUAUACACUAACCAUGCUGAAGUGAGCUCUCAAAACAAAGCCUGAUGGGGAGCCAACGUCAACUUUAGCAUCUGAAAACUCAAGCAGAGCACAUGUUUAUAUGGCUUUUUUUGCCUGAAAUCAAUGAACCAGGGUCUUGUUCCAAAUGACUGCCAACGUCAAUUUUUAGUAAUUAUCUUUAGUCGAUAUGGUGAUACAAAACUUGUGUGGUCUGGCUUUGCUGGAAGAGUCCUAAGCCCAGUUUCUCUGAUCCUUUGCGGAACUGACAUAUAUGAUUAUUGUAUAGCCUAAAUUAGCCAAACUCAUAGUUGGUAUGACAGAAAUGAUUAAUAUGUAAUAGAUGAGGUCGCAUAUAUCAUAAUGAAUACAUGUAUGUCCUAUGUAUGGUGUUAGAAAUAUGUAUACCCUCUGUAGGAAGUGCCUUUUGAAUCCAGAUGAAAUUAUGUAUGUCAUUUCCUGAAAGUGGAGAGAGAUGCCAGGCUAACCUGUCCCCAGGCGUAUUGUCUGAUUUGGGAUUCUCAAUGAAUGUUCUAAGACCCAGGACCUGAAAACAUGGGACUUACCACAGCAGUCAAAACAACAGCACUGAAGAGAUCAUGGGAAGAGAAACCAUCUGAUUUCAAUCCAUUUUCCGCAUCUGAUAUGACAUUUGCUGAUAAGAAAUGGAAAGAUAUAGAUGUUCAUCUCAAAUUUGCACACACACACACACACACACACACAAACACCUUAGAAAAGAAGAUUAGCAGUAAUUACUGAUGUGAAGGCAACCAUCUACAGUCUGAGUGUUCAAAUAAAAUGUGAGCUUUAGUCUAAUUUGAAAACCAAAAGCCUCAGGUAGAUUUAAUGCCGAAGCAGAAAACAAGAAACUUUUCCAUCAUCCUCAGCUUGUUAUCAGGCCAGGGCUGUUGCUGUUGCCAUAGUUACUGUUUAACCUAAGGAGACCAACAUCCCCUGGCUGGAUUUGUUUCGGUUCAGUGAUUGCCCGGUAAAUUCCAGAAACAAUGUUGGGAGACAUGUUUGUGUAAGUGAUCUUAUCAGAGCUUUGUAGGGAAAAUGUGGAUUCUUUAGACCGGAUCAGUUUUUUUUCAGACAUUAAUCUGCUAAGGGUGAGAGUUUCUGUGUUGUGUCUGUCCUAAGAGAUAAGCACUUGGGGGAAAUGUUUUUUUUCUUUAGAAAGCAAGAGAAGUAAAGACUGUAGAGGUGUAAAUGAGAAAGGGCUUAGAGUUAGAGACAUAAAAUAGACAAGUGCAGUUGGUUGGAAGACAGGACUUUUCAUCUCGGGGGAGAGGGUUGCGGUGAGUGAUGCCGCUACCUUCUUUCUCCAUGAAAAGUUAACAGGGAUUUAGAGCUCAGCUGAGUUUAGUCGUAAGGUAUAGCGAUGUAGAGAUGAAAUAGUGGGAGUGUGAAUGUGAACAAUGGGUAGAAAGAGUAAAGGAAGUUUUGGCUUGAGAACCAAAGAGGGAGCAGUGCUUUAAAACGGGGGGCAAAGCAGCUGAAAAAAAAACAAUUAAGCCUGUGCCACUCAUAGCUCUGUGUGGAAGGCAUUUCCCAAGCAAAGCAGAAGGGUUGCAUUUUAUGUUGGAAUGCGCCAAAGAGCCUGACAUGUAAAAUGUUUGCAGUGUGUCUCCUCUCCCUGCACAGAAGGGCAGUUUGCCUCCGCUUUCUGUGGGAGGGCAGUUGCAAUGGCCAUUGUAGUGUGGCUGAUGAGGAGCUGUGUACUAAUUGUCACUUCUGGACUUAAUUCAGUUAUAUGAGUGACAGAGAAAGAGUAGGUGAGAGGGGUUACACAUUGAACUGAGUGACAUGGACUAAGUAGCAACAGAAGAAACACGUGACAUGCGCACUACAUGACACCACAGCGAUUAAGAGAUGCAUGAAUACUGUACUGUGGGAAGCACAAAAGAGCAAGUGAUAUCAGCACAACACUGUAUAGCUUGUGUACAGGACAGCAAUCUGCACAUAUAAACAGCAUUGGUUGCAUUAAAUGUCAAAGACUGAAAUAGUCAAGCCUAUUUCUGUUGAAUAGCAAUAGAAUAUGGAAAUGCCACAUACAGUAUAUGUAUAGGAACACAUCAGUGUCACGUUGAAUGUUUUCAAAGGCUGUGUUUAACAAGGUCCUGGGUACAAAAAAGCAAAAAAAAAAAAAAAAGUACAAAAAAAAUUAAAAACAGACCCAUUGUGUAUUGUAGCGUGCAUUGUAUUGUAUUGUUUAACUGGAUUUACAGUGAUGAAAUUAUACUAUGUUAGUAUUUUGUUUUAUUAUGCUUCUGUUUUUGAUUCUCCAAAAUAUAGAAACUUUAUAUUGCUUUAUUUUAUGGCAGAAACUGUACUUGUUUCUGAUUUGGCUGUAAGCAGAGACAGCACUGAACCUCAGUGUAAUGCAGCCAUUUAACUGUUUAGGGAUAAAUGGGAGGGGCCAAGGUACAACUGACCAAUCCCUGUCCUUGCACAGUGGUCACAUGUCACACUGCCUGGUGUCCCCAGCACUCAGCACGAGCACAGUGCCUCUGUAAAUCUUAUCCCCUUUCCAACGGCAAUAAUUCAGAGGUCAAAACCUCAGAGAGGACUGAGACUCACUAAAACACAGUACUGUAGGCAAAUGGCCAAGGGUGUGACAGUUAGAGGCAGCUUGUUAGAGCAUGGCCGUGAUCUUACAUUCUUUAGCCUCAUUUCAGCACUGGACCCUCUUGAGCAGUACUGGGGACCCAAAACUAAUAGCCAUGGUAAAGACCAGCUUCUGUGACACAGUAAAACUGUAGAUUCAGCAAAGAGCUGCAUCCCAUUUCUGCCAAAGCAGAAUCAGCAAUCCCAAGGCAUAAAGUUUCACUAGAUGGAACUAAUCAGACGUAAACUUGCUUUCUGCCAAACUGGAAAAAACUGGUACAUACUCACUAGUUAGGAGGAAGUUGACUAAUAGCAAAACUUGACUGGAUAUUGUUAUGACAAUAAUAAUAGUAUUAUUAUGUUAUUUAAGUAUUCUUUUUUGUUAUUGUUCUUUACUGUUGUUGCUAUUGCAAGGAUUAUCUUUUUUUCGUAUCAAUAUGUAAACCAGGAGUUCUGAGGUGGUUUAUGUUUAGUGCCUUUGCUAUCACUAUGAUUAUGUUAAUUAUUAUAAUGAUAAUUAUUAUCAUUGUUUUUAUACUUCUAUUUAUUGGUGGUAAAGCCAUUUCAUUUGGUGUAAUGCUACCCUGUCCUUGCUAUGCCUUGUGACUGUGUGUAGCUGACAGAUAUCGUGGAGGUGGCAAAAUUAAUAUUGCUGUAUUGUAAUAGCUUCUGUCAGUGCAGAGCUUGGGGCUAUCUGUGCUUAUAAGUGGAUUUGUGUCAUUUUCUGCUCCAGGCGCCUCACUGGAAAAGAACAUUUGAGGACCUGCAACCCUCUGUCUUCUGACAAACAAAAAUGCCACCGCAAUACCAGCUCAAAU